AUAAAAACCCUAGCCGCGUCAAAAGUCAAAACCUCGGUUGUGUUUUAUGGUGUAGCCUCCUCCGUCUCAGAGAAACACCGGCGCGGAACCUUUCUCACAAGUCAGGUCACGGUGACGUUGAAAUCUCUCACUACACGAACUGGUUCCGGUAAAGGAUGGAGGUUGUUUUGGCGUCGUCCUCCGUUGACGGCGGAAUAGGGUGUUGGGACCUCCACACCGGCGCGGAGCAGCUCCGCUACAAGUCCUGCUCCUCCCCUUCUCACGGCCUCGUGGCCGUCGGUCCCCGCUUCAUCGCUUCCUCUCAGAUUCGAGAACCUCCCGCAGCGCCUGGUUCCGUUCUCUUCUGGUCCUGGUCCAAGCCUCAAGUUGAAGUGAAGAGUUUUCCCGCUGAAACCGUUAAACCCCUUGCUGCUAAUCACCCGGGAACCUUCAUAGCUGGUGGAGCUUCCUCUGGUGAUAUUUACUUGUGGGAGGUUGAAACCGGUAGGUUGCUUAAGAGGUGGCGUGCUCAUUUUAGGGCAGUUACUUGCCUGGUGUUUUCGGAAGAUGAUUCACUGUUGGUAUCUGGUGCUGAAGAUGGAUGCGUAAGAGUUUGGUCUCUCUUCAUGAUAUUUGAUGAUUUGAGAAGUCAGCAAGCGAAUAACCUAUAUGAGUAUAGUUUUUCAGAGCACACUCUGUCUGUAACUGAUGUUGUUAUUGGUAAUGGAGGGUGCAAUGCGAUUAUUGUGUCGGCUUCAGAGGAUCGGACUUGUAAGGUAUGGAGCUUAUCUAGGGGAACACUACUAAGAAAUGUAGUAUUCCCUUCAGUAAUUGAUUCAAUUGCAUUGGAUCCAGCUGAACAUGUCUUUUAUGCUGGCAGCAGAGAUGGAAAGAUAUUUAUUGCUGCACUUAACACUGAAAGUAUUGCUACUAAUAAUUAUGGGACGCAUAUCCUUGGUUCUUUUUCUAACCACAGCAAGUCAGUUACAUGCUUAGCAUACGGAACGGGCGAGAAUUUGUUAAUAUCUGGGUCAGAGGAUGGAAUCAUUCGUGUUUGGAAUGCAAGCACUCGUAACAUUGUCCGCAUGUUUAAACAUGCUAAAGGACCUGUAAAUAAUAUUCUCGUUGUUAGACGAGAAAAUGACUAUAGUAAUCACACAUCUUCUAAUGUACAAGCAUCAUCAAGAAAGCAGGGGUCUAAUUUACCCCCUCCAUUGGAAAAAUAUGUAAAUUCAAUAGAUGAAGACUCGAAUAUGAAGACUAUUAUCAGCCUUGGGGGUGGCAGGAGACCCGUGGAUGCUUCAUAUCUCAGUUCUCAUGUGAUAACUAAUUACAUUAAGGAACUUCAGCAUCAAGGUUCAGCUGCUACUUCUGAAAUGGAGAUGGAGAAACUAAAACAUGAUUACCAAAGGUCAAUGCAAAUGGCCAACCAAUGGAAGAAAAUGUAUGAAAACUUGCAUCAAUUUUGUGUAAAGGAGCUAUUGGAUGUUGGUCAAGCUAGAACCUUGGAUGAAAAUGACAAUUAAGACACGUUUUUCAUGCCAGUUACUUCUCAAUUUUGUGUCAAGCUAGAACCUUAGAUAAAAAUAUAUGAAUUCAUUAUUCAUAGUACUGGCGAUCUAAGUAAAAAGUUUUGGACAUUGAUUAAUGAUGACUUUAGCAUUUGGCCAA